AUGGAGGCUCACACUACUCACCAACACCAACGCAAGGACAAGGUACCGAGAGUUUAUAGACCUUGUGCCUUUGAUAAGAUGGAGGAGCUGGUGCGGAAAAUGCAAGACCCGGAGAACGGUGUUCCCGUGGGCAGCCAAAAACAAUUCCUCACAUCAAUUCCCGCGGCAUUUAUGGGCUACGACCUUAUAGAGUGGUUGAUGGAGCGUCUUAGUAUCGAAGAAACAGAGGCGGUUCAUCUGGCGAAUCAAAUCUGCCAGUACGGCUACUUCUUUCCGGUAAACGACUCAAAGAAUCUUACUGUCAAAGACGAUAGCUCUCUAUACAGGUUCCAGGUGCCGUAUUACUGGCCCUGGCAGCAUCGGCCGCCAGACAAUGUCGAGUAUGCAAUAUAUUUACAGAAACGUACGCUGAGAAACAAGCAGCGUCAUGCGCUUGAGGAUUAUGAGAUUGAAGCGCUAGCUAGCCUGAGAAAAAACUUAGUAAACAAGUGGGAGCUUAUCCACAUGCAAGCUGAAGAACAAGUCCGACUAUUUAAAGACCGCAAGAAAGGAGAUAAGAUUGUUAGCGACUCCCAAGAGCGUGCAUUCUGGAGGGUUUACCGACCACCCCCAGGAUAUACGAGUAGUCUGGAAGUGCCACCGGUUCCUACGAGGGCGAGACCUGGCACGAGACCAACUUUACGAAAACGAACGCUCACUGAUAUUCAGCGUGAGGUCGAGUUGCUGAGAAACAGUCUGACUCGCACGAGGAUAAAAGUUUCCGCGGCGAUUGAGAAUAUCAAAAAUUACUUCGAGACUUAUAUGGACUAUGACCCGAUGAUUGUCCAGCCACUGCCCUCGAAUCCUUGGAGCAGCGACGACCAGACCUUCUGGCAGCUUAACAGCCCGAUAGUCGAGGUCCCCACGGAGAAGAGAGUAAAACGGUGGGCGAUUUCGCUCGAGGAGGUCAUGUCUGAUCCCUCAGGGCUUCAGGAGUUCACUAAUUAUCUCAGGAAGGAGUACAGUCAUGAGAAUAUCAGGUUCUGGCUGGCUGUUAAGGAUCUUAGGCACUGUUUCCAGGCACAAAUUUGCGAGAAAGUUACUGAUAUUUUUAGAGAAUUUUUAGCGCCGGGUGCACCGUGUGAAAUAAAUAUUGAUGGAAAAACAAUGGAUCGAGUUCACCAGGAAAUGAAAAGUCCUAGUAGAUUUACAUUUGACGCAGCUGCUGAGCAUGUUUAUACACUUUUGCUUAAAAAGGAUUGUUAUCCUAGAUUUAUACGCUCAGAUCACUAUCGAAAUCUUCUGGCUGCUGGUAUUCAGCCGUUGCAAAAGAAACGGUUCUUCGGAUUCGGCGGACAAGCAAAGAAAAAAACCGCAGCAUCAGCAGCAGGAGGCGGCUUGCAGGGAAACAUGAGCAGCGGAAGCGGGGGACGUAGACGAGGUAGCGAUCGCAGCCUCUCGGGAUCAGCCCACGAGCUGGCCGUUUGUGGUAUUCGGGACGUCAACGUGGCCCCCAGGGUUCCUCACUCCCACAGUCAAUCGAAUCUCACUGACAUCCCUUACAGGGGAGAUCUCGCUGGUAUCGUAUCCCCUGGCAGGGCUAGUCCACAUAAUGUUCAGGAUGCUGGUGGAGCGGAGGUAGCUGCAGCUCGCCCUAUGGACGACGUGUGCCCGUGGGACGCGGCACCAGGCCCGAGUGUAGAAUCAGACGUCGCUGCGGGAACCUCAUCAGGUUCGACUGACGAAAGCACCUGCUGGCCGUACCCGAGCACCAGUGGGAUUCCCUUGCCGACGGACACGUCAUCGAGAACCUCCAGGAAAAAUUCAUCCCAGCUGGACUCCUGCAGCUCCUCAUCGGACGUGAGCCUGGCGAUAGCGGAAGCUUCCGACCGGCUGAGAAAGACCUGCGGACUCCAGCACUCGAUGAGCAACCCCAUUGUCCUCCGGAACUACCCGGGCGGCUCCGUCACGACCAAGGUGAAGCUUGCUGACACCAGCAGGCCGGCCGUAAACUUCACCACGCCCCAGCAGUCCUUCGACUUGCCCCACUAUCAGCACCACCACCAUCACUUUCACCAUCACCCGCACCAGCUCGACGUCAAGAGCGCUCCUGUGCCCGAGGAGGUUGAGACCACCAGCAAGAGCCCCAAAAAGUCCCAGGAGCCGGACUUGAGCAAGCCUAAGGCUCUCGCUCCGUUGAUCAGCAUCAGCGCCAUCGUCGGCGACCUCACUGGCGACUCCGUUGAUUCUGAGCCCAGUGUUGAUGUUGAGUCCGUCGCUUUUGGAGAUGACAGCUCUGCUGAUGUGUCUACCAUUAGGCAGGACAACACUGCUACUGAGCCGGAAAGUUCCAUUUGUUCCGACGCCCCUGAACCGGCAGAGGACGCACAAGUCGUUCCGGUUUGGGUUCCUGAGGACGGUCCGGCGCCCAAUCAGCCACAGGCACAGCAGGCUGGUACUUCGACGGAAAAGCAAGACAAUAAUGUUAAUGAAGUUUGUCCUUGGGAAGAUGAGGAGAAUUGUAAAGUGGACACACCCUAUGUAAAGACCUACGCGACCUUAGGUUACUUGUAA